AUGGAUCCUUGGCAGUGCGGAUAUUGCCGCAAGACCUCGAAGGCUACGGCAAAUCAUUGCAGCCAUUGUGGAGCAAGCUGGGAAGAUGCAAAUCCGAAUUUUGUGCCGCCCGAAAGGGCAAAAUCAAAGAAGAAGUAUCAGCAGUCCAAUUGGGACCAGAAUUGGGGCUAUGCCGAGGACUACGGCAAAAGCCCUCGAGGACAACGACAAGAUGCUGCCUGGCACCAAAGGCCGAAGUCGCCACGUCAAGGGCGAUAUCACUUUGGAAAGCAUGGACAGAAAGGACAGCAUUCUCAGAAGAAGCAGAAAGGCAAAGGGAUGCAAGAGACAGUGACCAUGGCCCAGGAAGGCUAUGCGGCGGUCACGGAUGUGAACAAGUCGCUUCCUCCAGAACCACCCUGGCGGCCUACAUUGCCAAGUAUGCCCGCAUUGCCACCAUUGCCUCCGCCUGCAACGCCGCAUCCAAGCUCCAAAGCGGCGCAAACUUUGAGCAAGCUGACGGCAGUCAUCAAAAAGAAGCCCGACCAAUACGAUCCAGAAGUACAUGCAAUCCUUCAGAGUGCUUCAUUGGACGAGGGCCUGAACGCCAAAGAUCAAAUGCUCCGUGCGGCCGAAGAUCUAGGUCAAGCCCGAGAGGCAUUGGAUGCAGCCCGACUAGGGCAAUAUCAGAAUCAUGUCCGAUGGAAGGACUUCCUCUCUUCAGCAGUGACUCAUUGGCAGGAGUACACGGCAGAUUUCCAAAAUCAGGAGAGAGAAUUUCAGGAGGUGAUAGAGAAAGCGAAAGCCACUAUGGCCAACGCAAGGGAAAGAUUCGACGUCAGCAAGAAUGCCUUGUCGGAGGACGAUUUGCAUGCCUUCGGCGGCACUGUGACGCCAGACGAUCCGAUGACAUCGGAACUUGCCUCUGGAAAAGCUCUUCAGGAGAAUCUAGAGCAGAUGGCAGCCAAUUUGAUUUCCCUGCGUUCUUCAGCAGAAGCGUCGGUUGCAGCCGAAGAGCAGGCAGCAAAACGACCGAGAUUGGCCGAAGGCGCCACCCCUGGGGCGUCAUCUGCUGUGCCCUCUUCCACGCCAAGACAAUUGGGUGGCAAUGCAAUGGAGCCGUUUGCGCAGAGACCGGACAAGGCUUCUUUUCAGGCGGUUGAAGAUGCCUGUGAACUUGCCAUGCUCUUCGAUUAUUACACCAGCACUCACUUCACGAGUCAUGGUACCGGUUUGCCAAGUACUUCUACCAUGCGGGUUGGUCGAGUACAUUUUGCUGACUCUGUUGAAGUUGUGGUUGAUGAUGAUGAUUUAUUUGAACCUUCUCUUAUGCGCAUGCCAGAGGACUUGUUUCAUGGCUGGACAGAAAAGCCCUGGAGUUUGCGCAACCGCCUCCCAUCUUUGGAAUGUCGUACCACAGAUGCGUUUCAUGACAUUCCUUCCAGGUGUCAUGGUUCUGAUGACGAGCCUCAAGAUGGGGAACCUGAUUUUCCAGAUGAUGCUGCUCAGGAUGGUAAUCCUGAUGUGCAUGAACCCCCUGAGCCACAUGCAGACCUUUGUGGAAAUGUGCCAGACGAAGAUGCUCCCUCGCCUGACGAUGGUGACUUCAGUUCUGAUGAAGAUCCACAAGCACUUCAUGUUUUCAGAUUAGGCCGCCCCCAUGUUUUUGGACAUGUGGAUUGGAGAACAUACCACACUGUGUUGAGAGAUGUUGCAAGAUUGGUGAGGAUGCCACUCAAUGUCCUUACUGGAUUCCACCAUAUGCAAGUUCGGCUUGAUGGCCUUCACGACAUGGAAGAAGCAAUUAUCCUCCAGCAUAUCAAUGACAUUGCGAUUGGUUCCAAUGAGAAGCUUGUGAUCUUUGACAUUGUCAUGCACACGAGACCUCAGCCUGGCCAAGCACCUGUAGCCCCUACUGUCACGCGUGCAGUUCACAAAGUCUUACAUCAGCUCGCCAGACGCCAUGUUCUGCUUUUGGCUGGAGUUGAAGACUAUUGUGAUUGGGUUCAGCAGCAAUGCAUUGUCUCUCUCAACCAUCAACAAUGGGACUUGCGUGACCAUGGUUUGCGAGACAUUCAGCAUGGCAUGUAUAUUAAAGUGCUUUUGCCACCUCCGCCUCCUCCGCAUUGGAACACGGCAGCAGCAAUUGAGGUAGCACGAGAUGUUGGUUCUCUUUUUGGUUUUCCUGAAGCACAUGAAUUGGCGUCCCAAAUUUUGGAACACGAGUUUGAAACAGAUCAGCUUCCUGGAGGAGUAGUUACAAACCUUUUUGAUGGAGAUUUACGUGAUGCUCUUCAGCAAUUUGCUACUGGCCUGCCUCACAUUGUACGUGCGCCCGAUGUGAUUGAUGAGUUGCACCUCAAUUUGUUCUGUGACUACAGACGCUGCACCAUCACAGUUGGGGACUUACAGCUCCAUCUUGUUGCCGCUCAUGACCUUCACUCAGGUUUUGGUAUGUGUGUUCGGAUUGCCUCUCCUGAUCACCAGCUCCCUGUUCGCCCUGAUUUGGCCGGCGACCAUUUUGCUGAUGUCUCCAUGCUGCAGGUUGGUGUUUCAUUGGCCUCAACUCCCUUGUCUGUUGCUGGUGAGCAUCCAGCCUUGCCAGCCCAGUCCAACACUGCUGCUGCUGGCAGAGUUGGCAAUACUGGCGGAGGUGGACGUGGAUGUUUCCAACUACGUGUUGAUGCACCCGAUUUCGUCCCUGGUGCGCUUCAGCUUGAGGGGGCUGAUGAAUUCACGCAAGAUUUACAUGCCCUUUGGGUUGCCUCAGCACGGCAAUGGGAGGAUGAAACCCCCUCCAUUGAGAUUCUGGUAUGGUUUGCCGAUCAUUCAGCUUUGAUGCCCCAUGGGCUGGUGCCACGUCGUCUACGACUUUGGCCUCAAUUUGCUGAAUGGGAACCCAGUAUCCGCCAAUUGUGGAGCGAUCUCAUCCAAGCCAAUGCCCCCAUUGAAUACACUAUUGCUACACCUGCUCCACCGAGAUUGGAGGCAGGCAUUGCUGCGCAUGUGAUAGUUAUCCAACAUGCACGUGAAGACUGGGUGACUUCCCUUGUCACAUUGACGGACCAAACUGGCUUGGGUGCACAAGACCAUUUUUUCCGUCGUGCAGUCACCACUACAGAGCACAUUUACCUUGAGCACUUGAUCACCACGAUGGGCUAUGCUGACCAGUGUCUACUUCGACCGUCUCAGUUUCUUUGCCGUGCAUGGUAUCAUGAUCUUCCCUUGCGUAUUGGGCGAGCAAUUCCAGGACGUAGUGGUUACAGUAUUGUGCUCCACGUGCAGCGUACCCCAGUUUGGCGAGGCUGUACCACUGCUCCUUCGCAAGACACCGACAAGUUUUUGCGUCUUGCAGAUCAUUUGCCUCCACCGGGGUUGACACACCAGACACAUCGAUUUACUUGUCUUCUUGAUCAUUUAUUGUCACAGCUGGAUGCGCUUCCUGGUUUUGACCUCCAUGGCCCUGGCCCUGUUGAGAGCCCUGGAAGUGCUGUGCGCCCUCACGUGCCCAUUUUGAUGACAGAGGUUCGUAAGCAGCUUGACAUCUUUGACCAGUUUUUCUUUGUGCCCAAUUUCCACCUUGAGCAAUGGUCUGAGGCUACUCAUUGGCUGGAUCAGUGGUGGGAUGGUGAAACGCCCAUUUCGGACGUAUGGAUCUAUCACGAUGGGUCCCGCAAAGAUUCUGGCACGGGAGGUGCUGCGGUUGCCUUUGUCUACCAGCCCAACUCUGGAUGGAUCUUUGGUGGUGCCAUUUCAGCCUCCUUUGGCACCACAGUCUCAUCUUAUGGAGCGGAACUGCGAGGAGGAGCUCUGGCAGUUCAGCUUGGCAUUGACAUUUUGAAGCUCACCACACUGAUUCAACCCGAACCUCCAGAUGUUUGCUUGCUACAUGACAACACUGCCGUUGGCAAUCAACUUGUUGGCCGUUGGAAUGCAAAUGCUGAUUUCCGCAUUGCGGGACUUGUGCGACAUCUUUUGGUCUAUGCAGAACAUCGAUUUGGCAAAAAGUGGUCGUCCCACUACAUUGCAGCGCACCGCGGUGAUGUGGGUAAUGAGAUCGCUGAUAGCCUGGCAAGUGAUGCUGCUGAGGGCAAACCCCUAGAUGACCUCCAACAUUGGCAAGAUACGUUGUUUGCACCGCGUAACCACACAGAUCUUGCCUGA